CACCGAGGUUGUGCUAGGGUUUUUCCUCGUGUGAUCGAUUAGGGUUUGCUUCUGUGCUUGGAGGCAGAAUCUGAAGCGUAAAAUGGUGGAGAAAGCCAGCAAAGGCAGAAAAGAAGAGGUGGUGACUAGAGAGUACACCAUCAAUCUCCACAAACGCCUCCAUGGAUGCACAUUCAAGAAAAAGGCACCAAAAGCCAUAAAGGAAAUUAGGAAAUUUGCACAAAAGGCUAUGGGAACCCCAGAUGUUAGAGUGGAUGUGAAGUUGAACAAACUAAUUUGGAGCCGAGGCAUCCGAAGUGUUCAAAGGAGAGUCCGCGUGCGUAUUGCCCGAAAGAGAAAUGAGGACGAAGAUGCUAAGGAAGAGCUUUACUCGCUCGUUACUGUCGCUGAGAUCCCAGCAGAGGGUCUGAAGGGAUUGGGAACCAAAAUCAUUGAGGAUGAUGAUUAAAUCAUAUUUCAGAAUUUUGGUAGCUUGUGUUCAAUCUGAUAUUUGUUUCACUGCAAAUCCUGUCAUUCCUUUGAUUGUUCAGAUAAUUGGAUGCUUAUAUGGGGAUGUUGAGUUGAGGAUAAUCCGGAUUUAAGAGCAGACAGUUUUGUAUUUGAUCUUGUUAUAGGGUUGCACUUGAUUUUGGUGUUGA